UCCCCUCUUCUCCCCGAGACGCUCUCUUCUGCUUCCCAGCUGGGCUCCGAAACGGCCCGACGUUUUCCCUCUGCGCCCGACCCAAACUGCACCCUGACCCCACCGCCACACCAYGUCCUGCUCCUGAAGAUUUCCCUCUUAAAGCUCUUUCAUUUUCCUGAAACAUUUCCAAACCCUGAACUCUGUUGAAUGAUGGAACUGCAGAAAGCAUCAAACGGGAUUUUCCAUGACGCCGCUGUGGAGGGAGGAAUUCCACCAGAGGAAGAAAAGUUCCUGCAACACAAAGACGACGGCUCAAAAAGACCCGAGUUCACCGACUUUGAGGGUAAAACCUCAUUCGGGAUGUCUGUUUUCAAUCUGAGCAACGCCAUCAUGGGCAGUGGCAUCUUGGGACUGUCCUACGCCAUGUCCAACACGGGCAUCGUCCUCUUCCUGAUCCUGCUCACAUGUAUCGCCUGUCUGUCUUGUUAUUCCAUCCAUCUGCUGCUACGCAGUGCCGGAGUCAUCGGUAUUCGAGCUUACGAGCAGCUGGGCCUGAGGGCCUUCGGUCAGCCGGGGAAGAUCCUGGCUGCCAUCGUUAUCACGCUCCACAACAUCGGAGCCAUGUCCAGUUACCUGUUCAUCGUGAAGUACGAGCUCCCGCUGGUCAUCCAGGCCUUCCUGGGUCUAACGUCCGCCUCUGAGGACUGGUUCAUGAAUGGAAAUUACCUGAUUAUCAUUGUGACGAUCUGCAUCAUCCUCCCUCUGGCCACCAUGAAACACCUGGGAUAUCUGGGUUACACCAGUGGAUUUUCCCUCUCCUGCAUGGUCUUCUUCCUAUCUGCAGUCAUCUACAAAAAGUUUAACAUCUCUUGUCCUCUGGAAACGUAUGGAAACCACUCUGUGAGCACGGUGACCUCAGAUGACACGUGCACCCCCAAAUACUUCACCGUCAACCAGGAGACGGCGUACACCAUCCCCAUCCUGGCCUUCGCCUUCGUCUGCCACCCUGAAGUGCUUCCUAUCUACACCGAGCUGAGGAAUCCAACCAAGAGAAGAAUGCAGAAUAUUGGCAACGUUUCUAUCUUGGGCAUGUUCACCAUGUACUUCUUCACAGCCAUAUUCGGUUAUCUGACAUUCUUCGGCUACACGGAGGCCGAGCUCCUCCACACCUACAGCAAAGUGAAUCCUCUGGACAAACUGAUCCUGUGUGUGAGGCUGGCUGUCCUGGUGGCCGUCACCCUGACCGUACCUGUGGUCCUGUUUCCUAUUCGCCGAGCCCUCCUACAGCUGCUGUUUCCAGGAAAAUCCUUCCACUGGGUCCGUCACAUCGCCAUCGCCGUCUGUCUGCUCUUCGCCGUCAACCUGCUGGUCAUCUUCGUCCCAAACAUCCGAGACAUUUUUGGCAUUUCAGGAGCAACCACAGCUCCGACCCUGAUCUUCAUCCUGCCUGGACUCUUCUACAUCCGAAUCGUCCCUAAAACCCAGGAACCCAUGAGCUCCAGACCAAAGAUCCAGGCUGCGUGUUUUUCCGCUCUGGGUUUCAUCUUCAUGAUCAUGAGUCUGACCUUCAUCGGGAUCGACUGGAUGAGCGGAGAGAUGCGAAGCCUCGGUGGCCAUUAACGAUCGACGACCCCCGACCCCAAAACAUCUGCAGCCCCCUGCUGCGCCCCUCCCUCCUCCGGCUGUCCCAGUGUUCUGAGCGGGACGCCUCGGCUUCUGUGGGACUGUUUUUAUUUUAAGGACGAUCUGUUCCUCGUUUUAGAGACGAAGAGUCCACUUCUGUCCCGUCAUCCAAUCAUGUUUCCGUUUACCGCUGGGAUCCAGGACCACGUGGGUUCUGGAGACCCCUGAACUACGAGAAGCUAAAUGUGGGGUUUAUUAAGAGUAAAAUUUAAAAAAAAAAAGGAAAGAAAAAAACUCAACAAAGUUUCGUAAAAGAAAAUGAGUUUGGUUACAAAAAUGCUUUUAGAAGGAAGCGUCGUGUUCAACAUGUGGACAGAGAAGUCAGUAAUAACCAAAGAAAAAUAAGAGCCAAAAUCUGUUCCUGCAGCUGUGAACGUGUUAAUUUGGUGUAAUUUGUUUGUGAAAUUAUUAUAAACUGCAUGUGUUUGUUUAGUAAAAAUGUGAAACUUGCUUUUGUUUUCAGAUUUGUAACAUUUGUCACGGCUUGUUUUCUGCUGGCGAUUUUUAAUAAAUCAGUUUUCAGUUGGA